UAGGUGGAAUAGGAGGAGGGUUAGGUGGAAUGGGUGGAGGAGGCAUGGGUGGGAUGGGAAGUGGAAUGGGAGUUGGAGGAAUGGGGGGAAUGGGAGCUGGAAUGGGCAGUGCUGGAGGAAUAGGGUCCAGAGCUGGGGAGCCAUACCGCCUGGCUGCUCAUGACAGUCCAACAUCCCCUCGACACGUACAGUCCAGCCAGGGGUCCGGCAUAGGGCAGGUCACAGGGUCUGGCCAUGGGAUGGGUCACACUUCAACUGGUUCCAGCAUGGGAGGCCACGGAGGUCAAAGCCCAGGUCAGCAUGCCUCCCGUCGAAACCUCCAAGUCGACUUUAGUAGCUCGAGCGGUUCUCGGACUGGCCGGUCUCCAUCUGGGUCUCCUGAUCGCGGCGUGACUCCCACCUCACCCUACUCCCUGCCACAGAUUGCACCCAUGCCAAGCAGCAAACUGUGCCCAGUGUGCACCACCACAGAGCUGUCCAACCCACCGGCUGUACCCAACUACAACACCUGCACCCAGUGCAAGGCCACUGUGUGCAACCAGUGUGGAUUCAACCCCAACCCUCACCUUACUGAGGUCCAGGAAUGGCUGUGUCUGAAUUGUCAAAUGCAGCGAGCUCUUGGCAUUGAUAUGACCACACCUCGCUCUAAGAGCCAACAGCAGAUUCACUCUCCCUCCCACCAAGCCAAGCCCAUUGUCCAGCCACAGCAGCCCGUGCCACAGCCAACACACCCGGCAGCUGCUGCACAGCCCAAGCCUUUGCCACAGAGUCAGUCCACCCAACGGCAGCAACAACAACAGCAGCAACAACGACAAGAGCAACAACAACCUCAGUCACAGCCUUAUGGCCACUCUAAUCCCUACUCUCAGUCUCAGACCCAGGCAUACUCCCAAUCCCAAUCACAGUCUCAGCCAUAUUCCCAGUCUCAGCCAUAUUCCCAGUCUCCGCCAUAUUCCCAGUCCCAGCAGUAUCCCCAGUCCCAGCAGUAUCCCCAGUCUCAGCCUAAGCCUUACCCUCCAUCACAGCCUAGUCCCCAGACGCAGUCUCAGACACAUCCAGGCCUUGGUGGCCACCAGUCUAAAACUACACCUUCUCAGCAGGGCAUGAGGACUGACCCAUACUCCCAGAGAGGUCUUGGAGCUCAAGGAGGUAUUGGGGGUCCAACAGGCAGCCCCAGCCAGCAAGGUGGUCCUCGCAUUCCCCACCCAGGUGCUGUACCACUACCUGGGUUGACUAAAGCACCCUCCCAGCCAGAUUUGGGUCGAGGUUCUGCAAUGCAUCAAUCUAUGACACGUCCCCAUGACCAGACCAGAAGCGCUGGAUCUUCCCCAGCCCACCGACCUCAGAGUCAGGCCCCCACCCAGGAUGGCCUGACCAAACUGUUUGGCUUUGGGGCAUCGCUGCUCAAUCAGGCUAGCACCCUGAUCAAUGUUGACCCUCUACCCACAGCCUCAACGCAGCCAAGCCCUGCACGAGGUAAGGUUGUGUUUAGCAAUGCAACUCCUGACAGACAGCAACAGCAAGGGGCCAGCGGCACCAAACCCUUCAGCAUGGGGGGUCCUCAUGCUCCAAGCCAAAUAGGGGGCUCUCAGGCACCAAGUCAAGGGGGAGGUUUUAGUGGACAAGGCCAAAUGGGAGGACCUUAUCCACCAAACCAAAUGGUACCAGAUCAAACAGGUUGUCUGCAGGGGCAAAUUCAAAUGGGUGGUCCACAUGCAACAGCUCAAAUAGGCAGUACCAUUGGUGGACCUCAAGCGCCAACCCAAAAGCAGCAACAGACUGGACUCCAAAAACAACAAAUGCCCCCACAGCAGCCACUUACUCAGCAUCAAAAAGAGCAGCAAGGACAACAAACACCUGCUCCUCAGCAGAAGGUUUUGCAGAAACAGGAGCCAGUGUCAGCGCCUGUGAUCGCUCCAGAACCCAAGAAGCCCAAGGUGAACUGUCCUCUUUGUAAAACAGAGUUGAACAUCGGCAGCUCCGACCAGCCCAACUACAACACCUGUACACAAUGUCAGAGCCAGGUGUGCAACCUGUGUGGCUUCAACCCAACACCACAUCUGGUAGAGAAAAAAGAGUGGUUAUGUCUCAACUGCCAGACCCAACGGCUGUUGUCUGGAGGUGGCCUCGACGAGCCUCCCCUUCCCGUUCCCCAUCCAUCCCCGAAGCACCAACCGAUGGGCUCACCUCGUCACCAUACUCCGACAAGUCAACAAAGCCCUCUCCACAAGUCAACCACUCAGCAAGGACCCAAGCCAGUCCAGCCCCAGUCACAAAAAACCCAGACGAGAACUGGUGUCGGUGGACCUACUACGCCCACGUCUGCCAAACAGCCCACUGACACUAAGACCACAACACCAGCUGCAGCACCAGUGCCAACCACUGAGGCCCAGAAACAGAUGAAACCAACAGAGGAGAAGCCCAAGAUGGAGCAUGAGAACCAAACUGCCAAAGAGACCAAACCUUCACUGAAGAAAGGGGAACAAAUCACUCCGGUAAAGGAAAUAAAGAAGUCAAGGCAAUACGACGAUACAAAAAACAACAGCACCCAUGACUUGUCACGCAGCCCUCAGAGCCUCAGCGACACCGGCUACUCAUCUGAUGGAAUCUCCAGCUCACACAGUGAAAUUACAGGUCUAAUCCAAGAGGAGGAAAUGAAGCUGAGUGAGAGAGGAAUCAGUGGGCGAGGCUCUCCUCCAAGCCCCUCUGAAAUUACCAAGCUAGAGUUCUCGAUGAGGCCACUGCUGGAGAAGAGCCUCUCUGAGGAAAAGCCAGACAGAAGGGGAAGAAAGCACAGGGACAGAGACUUGGAUGACAGAGGGAAGCAUCGCCCACGUUCCCUUUCGAUUCCACCAGAUGCAUAUGACUCUGAUGAGGAAUUAGAGGAUAUACUGGAGGAAGAAGAAGAUGGCGGAGACUGGGAGGGUAAACGGAAAGAAGCGAAGGAAGAGAGGAAGGAAAAGAAGAAAAAGGAAAAAGAGGCUGAUCCAACAGAGAUGACUGAUGAAGAGUUCAUGAGGAGACAAAUAAUGGAGAUGAGUGCUGAUGAAGACAAUGAGGAGGAGGAGGAAAUGGAGGAAGAUGAAGAUGAAGAAGAUGAAGGUUAUGGCUACCAGAAACUGAAAAAAAGCCACCAUAAGCACAUUAUUUCUGACUCGGGGAAAGAAAAGAGACGGCUUCAGCACCAUUCGAGUAGUUUUGAGGAAGAAACCAAGACUUCCACUGAUGUUUAUAAGGGUUCUGUGGAAGAAGGGGAGGAAGAUAUCAUGGCAUCACAAGGGGGGUUGAGGCGCUUUAAAACCAUUGAGCUCAACAACACCAAUAGCUACAGCCGAGAUAUGGAGCUAAGCAAUGAAAAUGAUCUAAACCUGGAUCGGGAGCCAGAGCUAGAGAUGGAGAGCCUAACUGGAUCUCCUGAGGAGCGUUCUAGGGGGGAAUAUUCUUCAACUUUGCCCCCAACUUCAUCCUCAUAUGGUUCAGGACAGUCUCCAACAUCUAUUUCGUCAAUGGAGGAAGACAGUGACAGUAGCCCGAGCAGGAGGCAAAGACUGGAGGAGGCCAAGCAACAGAGAAAAGCACGCCAUCGCUCUCAUGGCCCCCUGCUCCCGACCAUUGAAGACUCCUCAGAAGAGGACGAACUCAGAGAGGAAGAGGAACUACUGAGAGAGCAGGAGAAGAUGAGAGAGGUAGAACAGCAGAGAAUAAGAAGCACAGCGCGGAAGACCAAAAGGGAUAAGGAAGAGCUGAGGGCCCAAAGGCGCAGAGAAAGGUCUAAAACACCACCUAGCAAUCUGUCACCAAUUGAAGAUGCUUCCCCUACAGAGGAACUAAGACAAGCAGCAGAGAUGGAAGAGCUUCAUCGUUCCUCUGCUUCUGAAUAUUCCCCCCAAAGUCUGGACUCUGAGGCUGAGGGUUAUGAGUCCAAAAUCUACAAGUCAGGCAGUGAAUACAAUCUGCCUACUUUUAUGUCUCUCUAUGCACCUAUAGAGAAAUCAUCCUCAACCACAACAACCACUGCACCAUCAUCAACCUCCAAACCUCUAAAGAGUGCUGAGGAGGUUUAUGAGGAAAUGAUGAGAAAAGCAGAAAUGUUGCAAAAACAAGAAAAACUACAGCAGCAGCAACAACACGUACGACAUGGGCAGUACUAUGAGGAGGACAUUAAUGGACAGAAUUAUGAUGACGACUAUGACUACGAACAAGAUCAAACAGGCUAUGACAAUGAAGCAGCAGAAAUAGAAAAUGACAUUUAUGAGGAAAUCCGACAAACAUCUCAGAACAUCACCAAGAUGCAGCAGGCCACAGAUGAGCAAGUUGAUAUUGAAAUUGAGAGCUCUUUUGCUGAUAAGCAGCUCUUGGACACAGGCUCAGCCUUUGCUAAACUACUAGAGCAAAGCAAUGCUCUGUUAACUCCUGGAACAAGCCCUACCCAGAUCUCAGCUCCUGUCUCCUUUGCUGAGAGUGGAGGUCGGAUACCAGAUGUGAGAAUAAGCCAACACUUCACUGCAAAAGAUGGGCACAAAGACAGAAUCAAAAGCCAAGCAGGAAAGAAUGGCAUAACUCCAACAGUGGCUGCUACCACUAUUGCAGCUUAUGGAGUCUAUGCCAGAGAUGCAGUAACUAUUUCCCAAACAGGAUCAAGCCACACUAUGACAACGAGCCAAUCUGAUACCUCAAGCAGACACACAGGAAGUCUCGCCACAUCCUCAGCAACAGUGUCAAGUGUAUGUAGCAAGAUUGCAGAGAUUACCCAGGCCUACAGUCAAAGAGAAGUCAUCACCAGAAGGAUUGGGGAAACAAGAGGUGUUCAAGUGAGAGAAAGCUCGACAUCAUCUGCUGAGAGGAUUAUUGAACCACGUUCUCCUAAAUAUACUACCUAUUACAGGAGCACUAGUCCUCCUCUCUCUCCAUCACCACCUCCACCACAAAGUCCUAUUCGCUCUCCUUCCAGAAGGGCUACUGCUGAGUUCUCCACUCAGACCUUCAGCUCAGCAUUGCGAAUGGAGUCAGCUGAUUCUUGGCCCACAUCACCUGUGAUGGCUCAGGGAACCCAAACAGCACAUCAAUCAAUUUCCCCAAGGUUAUAUCGACAACAGUCUUCCCAGGAGGCUCCAUACUCCCCACCUGCAGGUCCAGCUAGGCCAAUGACAGUGAACACUGCGACUUCUCCAUUGUCCUCACCUACUCGAUUUAGCCGUCAGUCAACAUUUGAUAACUACUCUCCGUGUGGCAGCCCCCCAGACACACCACCUUACCAACAGUCACCUACACACAGCUUCUAUCAAACACAAAAAGUAGAGAAGGUAAAUGUAGGGACAAGCAUGGUCACCACUGCCAGCUUAUACACAAGAGGGUCUGUGUCUAUGGAUAAUAUCUCCCUCUGUAGAAUAUCUACAGUUCCAGGCACUUCAAGGGUUGAACAGGGCCACAUGAUCCAGGGUGGUAGUGUUGUAGAUCUAAGAACUGCCACCCACGCAGCUCCUUUUAUUAUGACUGACCAGGGAAUGGAUCUUACUUCCUUAGCUACAGAAAGCAGGAAAUACCAUGGUGGACCAGAAGGGGCCAGGCAUUCGACAAUCAUACAACCGCUGAUUAUGAAUUUGAACACACAAGAGACCAGCGCACCAACCACUGUAAGUGUCACUGUGGCUGCUUCUAUGUUUAUGACCCAGCUAAAACAACCAGUGGUUUACGGUGAUCCCCAUCAAAACCGUAUAGAUCUAGGUCUGGGCAUGGGCUCAGCGGUGUGUCUGUCCCAGAACAAAUCACCAAUUUCUCCUCCAACUGACCCAUCCAUUCCAAAAAUUGAUGCUAAAUUAGAAGACCUCAGUGUCCAACAGAGGGAACUACAAAAACAACAAGAGAAGCUACAGAAACAACAAGAACUUCUUGAACAACAGUUACAACAGCACCAUCAGUUGCAACAACACCAACAACAAGCAUCUGUUCUAGCCAAGUAUAACCUUACUGGUCAGAUCUCACCAUUAACCAAAACAAAUGUGUUAGUCAGCCAGACUAGCACUGCGUCUGCAGUGGUCAGUGCUGUUUCACCCGUCAUUAAUCCUGAACUUUACAGCACUGGUCCUAUUGAGCUGAAAGGGAAGCCCAGCCCUCCUGGUUUGAUGUCAGGGGGUAAAUCACCACAUAGUAUGGUGGUACAAAUGGAUGGAGGGCCAGAGCCGGUAAGGGCAUUGACUCAACUUGUGAAGGUAGAAGAAGGACAAGAUGCAAUGGAUCUGACAGGAGGCCAAAUAAAACCUGAUCAACCAGCUUGCUGUGACGUAGUUUACAGACUGCCAUUUGGUGGAAGUUGUGUUGGUGUCCCUGAGAAAGAGGGCAUAAGGCCACCAUCUGCCCCACCUAUUACCUAUGAAUGUGAUCAAGAAAGACAACCUGGAAGGUACCAUGAGUAUCCAAUGGAUUCUCGUAAAGCCUACACAUUACCUUUUCCUGGUAAACUUCAGUCUUCAAUGUCUGAUACAAACCUUGCUGAUGCUGAGCUACAGUCUUACCAUUCUAAAUAUGAACCACACCUCCAACCAUCAGGUGAACUUGUCAUGGACUUAACUGCUAUGAAACAGAGCUAUGGGGGAUAUGUGGGCAUGCAAUAUGGUUCCUAUACAGAUUUACGUCAUGGGGGAGACAUUUCAGCACAAACACUGCCAAUAAGAAGAUAUAAUUCUUUGUCUAACAUCAGCUCCGAUUAUGGUUAUUCUGCUCGUGAUAUUGCAAGCUUCCAGGAAGCUAACUUAGCUCAGUACAGUGCUACAACUGCAAGGGAGAUAAGUCGAAUGUGCGCAGCACUUAAUUCUAUGGAUCGAUAUGGUAGCAACCCAGAGUUACUGCAGUUUGGCAGCUUAGGCAGAGGUACUGGACCAGGGGCCUCCAGACUUGCAGCGGGUCUUGGCAUGAGGCAAAGCGUGAUCUUUGGACUAGAUGGGAAGCCAAUGUCUCAAAAUCAAGCUCUGACGAAUCUUAUCAAUGCCAGGCAGGCUAGUCUGAGAGCCAUGUACCCUGCUGCUAUUAGAUCAUCUGAUGGAAUGAUUUACUCCACCAUUCAGACUCCAAUUGCUUCAACACUUCCCAUCACCACUCAGCCUUGCUCUGUACUUCGGCCUCUACUGAGAGGAGUCUACAGGCCAUAUGCUUCUCCCAACAUGACACCAGUGCCCCUGGCCAGUCUCAUCAGAUUACCAGUAAGCCCAAGAAUGCCCUUAACUGGACAAGUACCACUCCGCUACCCAGCACCCGGUCUGCUUCAGACAACUUCAGCCACUGCCUCUACCACUGCUGCUGCAUCAACUUCAGCACCAGGAGCAACCCUAGUGCCUGUGUCUUUGACAACUCCAAUUUCAACAGUCCAGGAGGAACCUGUCUACCUUGGUAAAGGUGCCAAAGUGACAGCAGAGGUCACUUCAGCACAAGGAGUAAUUUUGUCUGAAUCACAGCAUCAGCCAAUAAACCUGUCCCAGACACAUCUGAACACACAACAGAAACAACAGACAACGACUCAGCACCCACAGCCUCCCCUUGCAGCUCAUGUAUACCCAACCUCAAGUCCAGCAAUAACCCAAGGCUACAUCCAACCCACUGCAGGCCCAUCAGUCCCCACUAGUGGCUUGCCCAUUCCAUGUGGUCUUCCCCCUUUCCCUCCACCAGGUGUUAUACAUAAAGAGGGUGAAACUGAAGCCGAGAGGCUUCACCGACAGCAGGAGCAGCUCCUACAGAUGGAGAGGGAGCGUGUGGAGUUAGAGAAACUUCGUCAGCUGCGGCUACAAGAAGAGCUUGAACGUGAAAGAAUAGAGCUGAAGUUCCACAGGGAGAAGGAGCACAUUCUGGUACAGAGGGAGUUGCAAGAGCUGCAAAACAUCAAGGAACAGAACAAGCAGUUGAAACUCUAUCAAGUUAACUCUGUUAAACAGGUAUUACAGCAGCAGCAGCAAGAACGCGAGAAACAACUUGUUCUCCAACGGGAGCAAUUGGCCCAGCAGAAGUCCCAGCUAGACCAGAUACAGUCUUUGCAGCAUCAGCUCCAGCAACAGCUACAAGAGCAGAAGCGGCUGAAAACAGCUGCUCAUACCAUGCAGCUGGAUAUGACCGGACAGCCACUGCAUCCCUACAUAGACUCUCAGAUGAGCUCUCGCUCCCUGCCGAACUCUUCCUCAGAGAUAUGCCUGAGGUCUCAGGAUGAACAGUUGGAAGCCAGAGCUGGUAUGAGGAAACAUAGCUCCAUGAGCAGGCUGACCCGAGACACCUCUGACGGAGAUGGUGUGGUUUUCUAUGGCUCCCCUCGCAGAAUUGUGGAUAGUUGUGUACAGACUGAUGAUGAAGAUGGAGAAGAGAGGUACAUGAUGCGUCAUCGCACCAGGAGGCGCGGUCGGAGCGUUGACUGUUCUGUCCAGACAGAUGAUGACGAGGAUAAGGCUGAAACAGAGCAUCCAGUUCGCCGAAGACGGUCCAGGUUCUCCCGCCACUCUGAGUGCACCGCAGCUGGUACCACCACUGCCUCGACAACAACCACAGCUACAGACACCAAAGCUGACACAUCCAAGAUCAUUUCUUCCAGCAUUGCUGUCCAGACCAUCAGGGAAGUGUCCUGCCAGACAGAAGUUGAGCACCUAGGAAGAGUCUCCCCCGCAAUCCAUGUGACAUUGCCAGACCCUAAUAAAGUAGAGAUUGUACAUUACAUUUCUGGACCAGAGCGAACACAAAAAGGACAAUCCCUUGCCUGCCAGACUGACCCAGAAGAGCAGUCACAGGGUGUUGUAGCUCCACAGCUCAGUGUACCAACUACAGUCAGUCCAUAUUCUUCCUGUGUGGGAACAGGGUCAUCCAGUUCUGUUGACUUUCACACCCAGCAGCGCCAGCAGCAACAUGUCGCAGCAAACGCAGCUAAAUUUGAGCGACGCCGCCCUGACCCGUUAGACAUUAACUAUCAGCCCCACAACCACCUCCACAACGAGUCCAUUUCCAGCAUCAUCCGGCAGCAGCAAACAACACCAAAAUCUCCACAAGUCCUCUACUCCCCUGUCUCACCGGUAUCCCCACACCGCCUGCUGGAGACCUCUCUGUCGAGUGAGAGACUGAACAAGGCCCACGUCACACCUCAGCAGAAGUCUUACACAGCCGAAUCCCCUCAACGACACCCAUCUGUGCCCCGACCCAUCAAGAGCACCCACAGGUCCAUGUCAGACCCCAAGUCCCUCAGCCCAACCACAGAUGAGCACACCAAGGCCAGGCUGUCCUUGUAUCAACAACAAGCACUCCAGAGCCAGCUGGCAGCCUUACAGCAGAGCUCUUUGCUUCGGAAGGUUAAGCGAACCCUGCCCAGCCCUCCUCCAGAUGAGACUGCUACAUCAGCUCACUUGACCAUGAUGACGCCUGCCCAACAACAGAUCUACCUGCCUUCAGUGCCCAGCCUCAAGCCCAGCUCAAGGUCUGGCCUGGCUGCUAAGGCCAGCCUCCUCAAAGAUCUCACCCACGAGCUAAAAGCAGUGGAACAAGAGUCUACUAAGCUUAGAAAGCAGCAAGCUGAACUUGAGGAGGAAGAGAAAGAGAUUGAUGCUAAGCUGAGGUACCUGGAACUGGGAAUUCAUCAGAGGAAAGAGACUUUGGUGAAGGAGAGGGAAAGAAGGGACAUUGCCUACCUGAGGUGUAUGGGGGAUACCAGAGACUAUAUGUCUGACAGUGAGUUGAAUAACUUGCGCUUAGCAGCUGCUGCUGCAUCACAUGAGACAAAUGGGCUACUAACAACAAGACCAAGCACUGCUCCACUUAGCCAGUUUAACAGCGACCUCAACACAGCAGCCCAGUACCCACCAACCUCAUCCUUCCUCUCCUGUCAAUAUCCCCAGAGCCAACCACCAGCACCAUCUCAGCAAUCAAGUGUGCCAUACCAGUCAUCUACAUUCAACCAGCCUCCUUACCCAACAGUGUCGCAGUCACAGGCACUGCCUCAGCCCAUGACCCUUCAGACCCAUGCCCCUCCUCCCGGACCAACCUAUCAACCUCAAACAUCCUAUCCUUCCCACACCUACCCACAAGCUCAGCCCCCAUACCCUCAAACAGAUUCAGGGUUACCAUCUGCACCUCAACCUCAGCCUCCAUCAGGGCCUACAGGUUUUGGGCCUGCCCCACCUGGUCAGCCACCAUACCCCACCCACAGCUCACCGUAUCCCAGUGCUGUGUCCCCCUACCCCACCCAAACGACACCAUACCCUGGGCUGCCCCAAGUUGAUAUUCUGACAGUUCACCCUGGAAGGCCUAGACAGACAUCACUUGCUGAACUUGAGCAUAAGAUGCCAACCAACUAUGAGACUAUCAGCAACCCAACAGUUGUGGUCACCACCACAGCCCAAGAUGCGACCUUUUCGAGUGCAGCCCCAGCUUAUGGUCCAUACACAGGAACAAUAACCAUGGCAAGCUCCUACGGGCCUUAUGGAUCUGCACCUGUUUCCAACAGUUAUGGUGGUUACUCCACAGUACCUCCGAGCACUUAUGGUCCAUAUACAUCAACCCCAGCUAGUUCAUAUGGCCAGUACACAACAACUACCGCUAAUACAUAUGGCUACACUACCACCACAGCCAGUUCUUUUGGACAGUAUACUUCAACAGUUUCCAAUGCCUAUGGGCACCCUGUAGAUAGUCCUUCCACCUACAGCACGGCAGAAGGCAUGUAUGGGGCUCCUGGUUUAGAGCAAAACAUUCCAAGGAACUACAUGAUGAUCGAUGACGUUAGUGAGCUGACGGCAAAGGACGGGCUGGGCACGACAGCAGGGGACAUGAUGCAUCAUGGCAGUAGCGGGCGUUACCCUGGCGAUAUCCAUGGCCAUGGCAGCACAUCUGGCAGCACGGCGCGUGGGGGAACUGGCAGCUCCCCCUACGGCAGGGCACCUGAGGAGGAAGCAGCGAUGCAGGAUGAGCUGUACGACCACCACGGCAGGGGUAAGAGCAGCUACAGGCACGGACCUCUAGGGGGCAGCAGCAGCAGCGUGAGCGCUAGCAUGGGUGGGGGAUCCCCCUAUUUCUAUGACUACGACUACAAACUUGCCGCCAUCCGCUCCGGGGUACAGAAACCUUUGGCAUCCUCCAGAAGCCUUCUGGCUCCUGCUGUCAUGUCCUCCAAGCGCAGCAAGCACAGGAAGCUGGGGACCAUGGAGCAGAAAAUUUCAAAGUUUUCCCCCAUAGAGGAGGCUCGAGAUGUGGAGGCAGAUUUGGCCUCCUAUUCUACAGGUGAGGCUUACCCCUCAUCACACAUUCGAGGGCGCCAGCUGAUUGAGGAUUAUGGCUUCAAGAGGAGUACUUUUGAUGGCACCAGUGGCACAGCUCACGGAAGUCGACACUACAAUAUGAUGGUGGAUGAGGACGAUCGGAUUUACUACACCUCCUCUGGCCGCUCACGUUCCCAUGGCUAUGGCAUGGACAAGAUCUCCGCAAGAGAUUACCAUAGUUAUCGAAGCAGAUCCUAUGAGAGAGAUGACCGCUCCUACCGUUCUGGCAACAGAGGACUUCAUCCAACUCGGCAGUACUCUGAGGAGGAGAGCCCACUCAGCCCCUUGGGGAAAUUCAUGGGUUCUGGGAGGUCUUCAAGCUUAGGUCGUGACCCAUGUGACAGUCGCAGUAGUAGAUAUUAUUACUAUUACGGCAAUCAUGGUUCCAGUCACUCGCUGCCAGAUGUUCAAGACCAUAUACGGGACCUUCCCAGGACACAUGUCUACAGAUCGGAUGAUACAUACAUUAUUGAUGAUUAUCAUUGUGCUGUGUCAGACAGUGAAGCCUACCAUCUGGGCCAGGAAGAAACUGACUGGUUUGAGAAACCACGCUCCAGUUCUCGACACUACGGCAGCAGCCACUCUGGAAGGAGUCGGCAUGGUGUCAAGCACACCUAUCAUGAUUAUGAUGAACCUCCUGAGGAGGACCUGUGGCCCCAAGAUGAGUACGGUCAUGGUGGGCGGCACACGUCAUCACGUGACCACAGGCAACAUGGCACUUCUAGCCGCCACUCUUCCUCCCGUCACUCAGAUGAGCCGAGAUCCUCAAGGUCAUCUAAGGGGCAUCCAAAGGACCCAUCUGUGUGCCAUGACCCCUCAGGACGUUCUUCAUCUUCAGGAAGGCGUGGUGAGUCGAGGUCUGGAGGGUAUCACUCUUCGGACUUCUCCAGGGAUCCAUCUGGACAUCAUCACGGUCAAAGAUCUUCUAGGCAAGGAGAUCCGCACAGGUCCUCACGCAGCAAGUCCCAGGUCCAAGUAGACAUGCAAGGCCAACAACCAGGCUCAUCCAGGUCUGGGCGAACUCAGGGCUCUGCAGGUGGGCCUCCAGGAUCAGGGCGACAGGGGGGUCCCGGUUCCCAAACAGAUGGGGCCCAAGGACAGAGGACCCAGCUCCAACAACAGGCCCAAACAUCUGCAGCCAGACCAGGACAGCCUGGCACAACAGCAACUACAGGCCUUCAGCAGCAGACACCAGCCCAAGGUCAAGGCAUGGGCAUGGGUAUGGGCAUGGGUAUGGGUCAGGCCCAGGCCCAGGCCAAACCAGGACAAACAGGACCAGCAGGCGGGCCCAUGGGGCAGGCUAGGCCGACCGGUGCAGCAGGAGCCACACCAUCCACCAUGACGAAGAUCGACACACCUUCGGUAACGGCGAUUGGAGCAAAAGCAGCACCUGUCAUGGCCUCGAAGGCGGGCCAGCCCCCACUUACGGGCAUAGGCUCCAAGGCAGCUCCUAGACCUGGAGGUAUUGGCAGUGCAGCAGCAGGUCAGCCUGGCAUGGAGGGAGAUGGCAUGUUUUCUAAGAUCCUGCCUGGAGGCGCUGCUGAGCAGGCCGGCAAACUGGGAGAAGCCAUCUCUGGUUUUGGCAAGAAAUUCACCUCCUUCUUCUGAGCUGACACAAAUAAGGACUAUGAAGAAUGUCAAAAAUGAAGGUAUGAGGCCCCGUACCAGAAAAACCUGUGAAGUCUCCCCUGCUUUUGUUUUCCCAUAAAAAGAGAAAGGAAGGAGAGAGAGGAUGGCGGCUGAGAGGACGGAGCGCACUGAUCAUUCCAAGGCCAAGCCAACAUCCAGCUUCAGAAGGAACCACAUUAUCGCACAGCUUCUGAGAAAACACCUGCAGCAGCUACAAACAUUUACACCUCUACAUGAGAAUGGAACAGAUGGGGGCUGAAGGUGACAGCAGAAGAAACGGCUGUUUGAUCCUGAUCAUCCUCCAUUCCAGCAGCGUGAGGUGUGCGCAUACUGAGGUCUCCCCAGCCCGAUGUGCAUUUAAAAUAUCAGUUACAUUAACAUGGUGUGGACAAUGGCUGCUUUCGCUUGUUCCAACUUCUUGUGGGAGGUGGUAGUUUCACCACAGCUGCAGAGGCUUGCCUGUUUUACAGUCCCGUGCUCUAUCUAGGAGUAAUAUCAACAAGUCACCUCUCUCCUCUUAUCUAUCUCUUUUCAAAGUAAACAAUUAGCAAAGAAUAUUUAAAAAACCCACAGAGGCUCCACAGGUUUUUCUCGUUCUAAAGACGUCUCAUUGGACUAUCGAACACUGACUAGGAAAUCAUCGAAACGUCACUAUGAAUGAAACGGACAAUGACGAGGCGGCGGCCAACACAGACCGAGCAUGCCGCUGGGCGUUUAUUUUUCUCUCUCUCUCUGUCUACAUUCCAGAUUGGGAACUGUGCCCUUCUUCCUCACCCCUCUUGCGUUUUUUGAAUGCUGGCUCUUCUUUCUUUCCACACCCCCACUGCAAACGAUCUACAACUUGCCAUGUCUUUAAACAAGAGCAAUGUGGAUUUAAACAAAAAGAAAAAGAAAACAUGGGAAUGCAUGGAACCUUAUUUCCAAGACCUUACACUGUUUCAUCGUUACGUAACUGAGGCCAUAAAGACAUCUGAGCUAAAAGGCGUAAAUAAUAGCAAAGAAAGGUUACUCAAGCAACACACAAGGAUUUGGCCAUGGUAAUAAGAGAAGUGUUUUAUUUAUUUUCCACAGUUAUUUUUCCAGUAUUGUUGUUUUUCUUAAGAAAGCUAUUUGACUGAGUUAAGCUAAUGAGGUGGUGGGGUUACUUUGUAGCCCAUUCAAAGCCAUUAAGAUAAUACUUAUUAUCAGUUUCUGUGGCGAACCUCCAAAAUGCUCCAAAACUCUGGCUUUAAGUUAAUAAGUUUUUUUGUUUCCUCAUUUUUUUUCUUCUUCAAGUCAGUUGCCUGGUUUUUAUGUUGCAGUUUACCAAUAUCGCCUUAAUUUUUUUGAACGUUUCAUUUUAAAUCAAAAGUGGUGUAUUUUUAUGUGGUUAGAUCAGCUAGAAUAGCAGCCACAGAGAGUUAAUUUCUAUUUUUUUACCUUUACAUUGUUUUUUUAUAUUUUCUUGUGAUAUGAUUUAAUUUAUUUUGUAGCGAUUUGCUACAUUAAACUAGCCUCUCCCUUGACAAUUCUUAGACUCAAUAAAGCAAUAGAAAGCAAUAGAGUAAGAGGUAAGAAAGUAAAUAGCACAAUUUUGUGUCAUUUAGCAAAAAUGUGUUGCCUUCGUUUGUCUGAUUUACCACCAAUGCUCUGCUUUAGUGUGACUCAAACGCACCACGUUGUACUGCUGCUGUAUGAACGUAGCAAAGAGACAGGAGUCCAGUUCCGUGCAGAUCGGUGGAUCGGACUGAUGUGCUGCUUUCUUCAGCCGGAAUCUGAUUUGAGAGCACUGCAGGGCAGCAGAGGUGUGCAGAAAAGCAGCAGAACUGGACUCUUCAUCACCCUACAGUUGGGGACGGGGGGAGUUUUGGGUUUUGUUUUGAGAUUCUCCUGACUCUCCAAGAUGGACUUCUUAUACAGCUGUGUCCGCAUGUGUCUUCACUCUGUCAAAUGUGAACCUGAAAGCACACUGGGAAUGGUGUCAGUGAUCUUACUAUAAUAAUCUGCUGUCAUGUGACUGAGGAACCAAAAAUAACACACUCAGUUGUGUCACAAAGUCACUCGCCUUUUUUUUUAACAACCUAUUUUCUAUCGUGGUGGAGUUCAGACGUGUAACCCAACACCCCCCUCCAAAACAACAAAAACAAAUCUUUUCUCUCAGACUGUCAGUCGUCUUGGAAAUAUUCUCAGGUCAGUAUUUGCCCUGCUGUUGCUCCUGCAGUGCAUUGUGGGGAAUCUGCGGUUUGGCACUCAUGACGCACCCUGCCAGGCCUGACCGGGCAAGGCCUCCUCCUCCUCCUUCUCUAAACCAACCAACUUUUGAUGUAUAUUGUCUUUGUGAAUGCUUGCUGGGAACCUUUGCAUGCUGCCCGGCGCAGAGAAACCUCAAAGUCACCUCUAUAUUGUUCUGUUCCUGAUGUUUGUACGUAUGUUUGUAUGUAUGUGUUUGGGGUUCAGUAUGCAAGUAUUUAGCAAACAUCAUCUAAUGUGGAGGAGCAAACAAAACAGACACAAGUUCAACCACAAAGAGCAUCGCAGACAGAGGAGCCGAGUCGUUCUAUGCAAUGAAUCCUAUUUGAAAAAAGCGAACACCUGAGGAGGCGAAGGCAUGUAAAACAUAAUGUUGGAAAAAGUCACAGUCAUUGUUUAUCACUCCUCAGUUAGAAACCAUGUCUGCUUUGUUUUAUUUGUUAAAAAACAUGUCCCUUCUCUUAAGAUAUGGGAAGAUAUGUUCACAACAGCUAGGAAGUUUUAAAUGUCAUGAAGCGUUCUUCUAUUUUCAGUAGUGAAAUGGGUACAAGUGAGAGUUUUAACCAGUAAUCGAUCAAAAAUGCUGCCUAGUAAACAACAAUGCUGCAUUACAUAUAUAUAUUAGCUUUGAGAGUGAACUAUCCAAGUUGUCAUGAACACAUCUUUCCAAAAACUGGCCACUUUGAUUAGUUUAUAGGAACUGAACAGAAAAGCUUUCUACAGAUUUACAUAUUUAAAACUAAUAUGACGUAGGCGAUGGGCUGCUCAGGGUUUAAAAUGAUAGGCUGCUUCCCUCCAUUUUAAUUGCCAAAAACCAAAUCUGUUAUAAUCUUAUUGUGCAGGAAAUGUUUCUCCAGCGAUCUUUUUAAUCAAGAACACUGACAUUAACGGAAAUAAUAAUUCAGAUGUAAUAAAGCUGCAAAUAAAUAAUUAUAAUGUCUAUAAUAUAUUUGUGUAAUAGUGAGUUUGGAGGCGGGUGUUCUUGUGGAAUGUACACUAGAUAGCAAAUGUACAAAGCAAAAUUCAUUUGCCAGUUUACGAAUAUGUGUUAGCGUUUUGGUAGCAGCACUCUAAGGGAAUGUGGAUAAAAAGAAGCUUAUUAAAUAAAACGGUUUUUUUUUUGUGUCUUUUAAAAGGAUGUCACAAUUCAAUAGUUGGGUGACAAUCAAAGCAUUUAUAAAUGAUCAGUAUUGAAGUCCCUGACUAAACUCCUGACACAUGAUGUUGUUUCUAUUGUUUGCAAUUUUCUUUUGCCACACACCCAGCAAGCAAUUCUGUGCACAUUUUGCACAUGAAACUUUUUUAAGAAUGACAGCCAAUAUUUAUGCACACAGCUUAAAAAUCUCACUAAUUAUAGGUCAAAUUGUUUAUUUUUCACCCCUUAAAAAUAAUAUUUACAGUAAAAGACAGACCGUUUUGCUGUAUGUCUGUGUUAUGUGGGGGGAGAGAGCAGCUGAAACACUACAGAAUACAUUUUAAGAUGUUCAAGCUAAGUUUAAUGAAGAGGAAGUACAUAUUUUUCUGUAAGUCUUAUCCAUGUUAAUAUGAAUCACUUUGAAAUGCUUUGUAAGUCAAAUAAUCAACAUGUCAAAAGUAAGAGUAAGCAUGCUAGCAAUAGCGUAGCACUUCACCAAAACUUCUCCAUAUAAAAACAUGAUCAACAGGAGCAAGAUGUGAGUUUACUAAAGAUGGUACCUGUAUGUGCUGAGUCAGAUAUAUCUUUAUAAACAACUGACAAAGCUACGUGCAUUUUAGAUGUGUUAUCCGGAGAUUAUAGUAGCUUUUUCAACCUAGCUAACCCUGAGGUGGAGCAGCAUAUUAGGUCCAACCUGAGGAAUCUCUGUUUGGAACAAAUAAGGAAGAAAAAUGGACACCUAAGAAUCCAGAAAGUUGUUGUUGUAUGAGUUCAGUGGGACAUGAUCAUAACAUUAAUGUAAGACUAUGUAAUGCUGACAAUAUGUGUCUUUAUUCUCUGCUUAUACAUUACAUACAUUUUAAUAAAGUAGUGAAUCGGGAUUUGACAUCCUUAAAUGACUUCUAUCUCUAGAAGGGACCAAAACUCUGUUUCAGACAUCCAUAAUAUAAAAUGAUCCCUCCAAACUUCUUUCUAACCCUUAUUUGAGCUUCACACGUCGUUUAUCCAUGUAAAAAUAGUCUAUAUAUUUUUUAGAAAUAUUUAAAAUAUAAUUUAUGUAAGAAUUUAUUUUAUCAUACUGAGAGGAGAUAUUAAGAUAGCUGGAAUAAAUGUUGAAAAGAUCAAACUUUAUGAAGAAAUCUCUAGAUAUAUGAUGAAAAUUAUCUUUAUAAAGACUGAUCUAUUGCUAAUGUUAUUGCACAAUAAUUAUAAUCAGAUUGUUAAAAACCAUGAAUAGAAAAGUCUGCCUAAACAGAGUUUAUUUUAUUUAAAAAUGUUUAAAGCUUAAAGGUUAUUUAACCAUUGUUCCAAAGUAUACAUCUACAGUUCAUGCCUUUUAUUGACCUGAGAUGAAUGAAAUAAAGAUGGAAGAUCAGAAAUUGAAUUAUUCUGGUUCGAGUGCACAUGAUGCAAACAGUUUAUAUCACAUAUACACUGCCUCUAGAUCAGUGUCUUAAAUGAAAACAACAUAAGCUAAAAGUUAGAUGUCAAACUAGAACAAAUUGUACGUGAGAACAUUAAGAUUUACCCAAUUUAACUCCAGUGUCCUCUAUUUUGUGUCAUAUGCUUUUGGGAUUUUGUAAAAACAAAAAAGACAAAAAGUAAAACACUCAAUGAAAUGAUCCUUAAUCACUUCUGCCUCAGGAAAGCACACAAGCUAAAUACAGCCUUGCAAUGGAAGACAUUCAGAUGAUAAUAAAGGACAGUGAGUGUGUUCAUGCAGGUGCAGGAAAUCAGUGAGCUUGUGUGUGAAUGACACAACCACAAGCACACAGUUAUUAAGAAGAACUGUGCAGAAAUAAGAUUAUGUCACUUCCUAUUAAUGUUUUAUUUAUUUUCUUUGUUUUUGGUUUUGCUCCUGCAUGAAUACAGCCAAUAAAGGUGACUUAAAUAUGCAUAGCAGUAAGGGCUUCUAUACUACAAUACUCUUCACCGAAGAAAGCCAUCCUGUUACUGCCCUCCAGCCAGUCAUGAAACCUCUGUCCACACACUGCAUGGUGUCUUUCUGUAUCUAGGGGGGCACUGGACUUAUCAGACCACAGUAAAAGCACUACAGCCUGUUUUUUCACCAAUGUUUUAACAGCAAACGUUUAUAGGUUUCCAUUUAUCUGCCAAAUGGAAUUUCUUUCAUCACCUUACAACAGAAAAAUAAUUUACAGACAUGAAUCUGUAAGCACCUUUUAAAAGAAAGCUUUACACUGGAUUGUUCUGACUUUAACUAGCAAACCUUGAAAAAAUGCUUUUGGGAAAUCCAGGCUGUGGGUGUUUGUUUUAAAACCAAAAAGGUAGCAUCUUACUGCUCGCACUGAGCAAAGCUUGCGCACCACUGCUCUUACUGUUGGUCAGCGUAUGACAGGAUGUGAUGAAGGUUUUUAAAAAAGAGAAUAUAUAUAUAUAUAUAUAUAUAUAUAUAUAUAUAUAUAUAUAUAUCAGCAUAAGGAAAAUGGAAAAUGUUUCAUAUAGGUAAGAGGUUAUAGGUAAAGAAGAAGCCAUGAGACAAUUGUCCAUUUGUCACCCUCAAAUCAUUUUUUACCUGUAAAGUGACAAGUGCAUGAUCUGGACACCUCCAAUAUUUUCCCCUUAAACCUAACCACUGCUCCAGCCAACUCUCUGACCUUUGACCUCCCACCUACCAUCUUUAUUCCAGUGUAAAUAGCAGAUAUGAACCGACCAGAGUCAGCUCCGAACAAGCAAAUAUGUAAAUGCCAUGAGGGAUACGUCCUGUACAACAACAUGUAAAUUUCAAACAAAUCACCACACACAUAUGCACAAGAGGUGUGCGAGAGAGGCCUUUGUGCUGCAAACAGUGACUCCUGCUGCAGCUUAUGAAAGCCCUGAACUCUCUGCCAAAACUUGUGCUUUGUGUAUGAAAACGACAAAAACUGAACCACAAACAGGAGCAGUAAUCAAACCACAUUGUGUUUGUAUGUGGCUGGCUUGUACGGACGGUUAAAAAAGUCAUUAUUAUACUAUGAAAAAAAAAAGAAAAGAAAUCAUUGUAUUCGGAUAUGGAAAAAAAUAUUGGUCUGUGUAGAGAUUCUAUACAUGUUGUGUUUGUUAAACGAGAUGACAUCUAAAACAAAAAAAAAUGAAAAAUAUUCUGACUUUCAAGUUUAGGGUGGACCACUGUGCAACAGAGAAGGUCAAAAAAAUAAACUUGAACAUUUUGGGGGGGGAAUUAAUCUUUAAAAUAAUCCAGCUGAUUGAAGAAAAGAGUAAAAACAAAAAGAGCCUAAAAACAACAACAAAUGUUCCAUUCACUGUUGUAAGUGCAAUGAGCUAAACUUCCUGUUUCCCUAUUGUAAAACCUUGUGUAUGUUUCCGUGUAUUCCUCCUGUAAAUGGGUGUAGUAGACCUGGUGCAUCAUUCCAUGUAAUGUGAUGAAUGACAAAUUAUGACCUUACAAUCCAUUUCAAUCAGGAAAAUAAAUAAAAGACAAAUACAUGAAAGCAA